CGUCAAAAUACAAAAUGCUGCACGAGUCUGCCAUUCGCUCGUACUUUCUGGGCCUCGUCGGCGGAGCGGGCAUCUUGGUCACCCUUGUGCACUGCGAGGUCUGGACGUGGGGCGUCUACAUGCUCGCAAUGUCCGUCUUCCACUUUGGUGAAUUCUACGUCACGGCCAGGUUCAACAGCAAAGUCGUCAAUCUCGAUUCCUUCCUCCUGAAUCACAGCAACGAGUACCUUAUUGCCGCUGCUGUCAGCUGGGCCGAGUUUUGGCUCGAGCAGUGGCUCUUCCCAUCCGUCAAGCAGGUUUCUGGAUUGGUUUAUCUUGGCCUCGUCUUGAUUGUGGUUGGCGACGGCAUUCGCAAGUACGCAAUGUACACGGCUGGAGUCAGCUUCAACCAUCUCGUGCAAGACACCAAGAAGGACGAUCAUACCCUCAUCAAGCAUGGCCUUUACGGUAUCGUUCGCCAUCCUUCGUACAUGGGUUGGUAUCUCUUCAGCGUCGGCACCCAGCUGCUUCUGGUCAACCCUGUCUGCCUCGUCGGCUACGCUGUUUUCAUUUGGAAGUUUUUCAGCGAGCGCAUCGUAUCGGAAGAGUACUAUCUUCUCCGUCACUUUGGCGAAGCCUACAGGGAUUACCAAAAGCAAGUACCCCUCACCGGUGUUCCAUUCGUGCAAGGCUGCGUGCCUGUGGUGACUCGUACUCCCAAGCAGGAGUGAAUCGAAGUGUUUUCGGAGAUAUGGAAAAAAUGCGCCUUCAUAACGUUGCCUUUCCCUCUUCCCCGCACCUCAAUACACUUCAACGAUGUUGCACCGUGUUUGGAACUGCUCAUGUGCACACUGCUAUCCGUUUGUGCUUGUUGAAAUCAACAAUAAUCUCGUUUCGUGGUCAAUGUUUCAAGUUUCCC